CCCUGAGACGAGGUUAAGGGAGACGGAGCGAAGCGUGGGGCUGGGCAAAUCACGUGACUUCCGAACCCGCCAUUUGUAUUUGUCUGUUUCGAUGCAGUGUGUUUUGCAUCGAGUGUCCGAUAGUUUCUGACUUUCUGCCGGUAUGGCCACCAAAGGUGCUCGGUUUUGCUGUGCCAUGAACUGCAGCAAUAAUAGCAGGACCUCCAUCGACCCCAGGACGGGUCAGAAGUUCAGAUUUCACCGAUUUCCCACAGACAAACAGAGGUGCCAGCGAUGGAUUGUGAAUUUGCAAAGAGCAGAUUUGAAUCUUGGAAAUGUGCAGUCAAAACACGUGUGCUCUGCCCACUUUGAGGAAGUGGCAUACAACUGUCAGUCUGACAUUGCCACCUCCAACCUCCUGCCCUCUGCUGUCCCCACUCUGGUGCCACGUCCAAAUCCCCCAGCUCACACGCAGUUGACACGCAAGCCUCCUGCUAAGCGUCGUUGUCCAGGCCCUGUUCCCCCUCCUUCGCCACCUAUCCAGGCUGCGAGCUCACCAGAAACAUCUGUAACAGAGGCUUCAGUUGGUGAUGAGCUGGAUGCAAAGUGCACAAAUACUUCCCACAGCAAGAUGAAGUGUGAAGAAGAGGAGGGUCUGGGUGAGCAGGAGAGGAACUUCAGUCUGGACCAGGAGGACCCAGAUCUUCCACAGAUUAAAGAGGAACAGGAGGAACUUGGCACCAGUCAGGAGGGAGAGCAGCUUGUACUGAAGCAGGAGACCGAAGGCAUCAUCGUCUGGACUGGGGAAGAGCGUCUCAGGCUGCUGGAUACCAUCUGGAAACCUGAAAUAAAGUUACACAGAUUAGAUCUCCACCAACAACAUAUCUCUGAGGCGGAAGAUGUUCUCGCAAACCAGCAGGUCUGUAACCAGGAUAGGAACUCCAGUCUGGACCAGGAGGACCCAGAGCCUCCACAGAUUAAAGAGGAACAGGAGGAACUCUACAUCAAUCAGGAGGGAGAGCAGCUUGUACUGAAGGAGGAGAGUGAGAUCUUUAUGGUGACUCCUAAUUAUGAGCAAAGUGACCACAGUGACCCAGAACCAAAUAGUGACCAGUUCUCUUCUCAUGACUAUCUUGAUCCAGAGAGCCAAGACCAGCCAGAAAGCAACCAUGUGCCCUUAAGAUCAAAUAAAAAGUCUUUAAAUUGUGAAGUUUGUGGAAAAACUUUUCAAUAUAAAUCCAAACUGGCUCGACAUGUUCGAGCACACACAGGUGAGAAGCCAUAUUUUUGUGUCACCUGUGGGAAAAGAUUUAAUCAGAUGAUACACUUGAAAAAACACAUCAGAAUACACACAGGUGAGAAGCCUCAUUCUUGUAGCAUCUGUGGGAAUAAAUUUAAUGACUUAUCAGCAUUCAAAGCUCACAUGAGAAUUCAUACAGGUGAGAAGCCAUAUUCUUGUAGCACCUGUGGGAAAGGAUUUAGUCAGAUGAUACACGUAAAAAUUCAUAUGAGAGUUCACACAGGCGAGAAGCCUUAUUCUUGCAGCACCUGUGGGAAAGGAUUCAGUAAUUUGAUGAACUUGAAAACUCACAUAAGAAUUCACACAGGUGAGAAGCCACAUUCUUGUAGCACCUGUGGGAAAACAUUUCGUCAAAAUUCAACGUUGCAAACCCAUAUAAGGAUCCACACAGGUGUGAAACCAUAUUCUUGUAGCACCUGUGGAAAAAGAUUUAGUCACGUUAAAAACUUGACAACUCACUCAAGAAUUCACACAGGUGAGAAGCCGUAUUCUUGUAGCACCUGUGGGAACAAAUUCAGUCAGCUGACACAUUUAAAAAGUCACAUGAGAAUUCAUACUACUUAAAUGCUUUAUACUGUAUAAAAUGUGAAAGAGUAGGAGUGUGAUAAUGGUAGAGCCCACACUGCUGAGAAGCUAAAUUCCUG